AUUGGCUGUGCGGCGAUGAGUCUCUGCCCACGCACCUGCGCCUGCGCCAGAGUCGGGGCAGCCGGUCACGCCUGAUGGUGGGAGGCUGAACGACCCCUUCCCUUCGCGGGCGGGAGCGUUAGACAAACCCAGGAGAGCACCAUGAAAGAUACUGAUAUCAGGAGGCUACUCUAUGCCCAUCUUUUGUGCAUAUUUUUCAUUAUCCUGAGCACUUUCGUUCCAUCAUUCUUCUUGGAGAAUUUCUCUGUAUUGAAAACGCACUUGACCUGGUUGUGCAUCUGUUCUGUGUUGGUGACCGUUGUCAAUCUAGUGCUGUAUUUAGUCGUGAAACCAAAUACAUCCUCUAAAAGAAGUUCGUCAUCACCCAAGGUAACCAGGUUUCUGAAAUGCUGCAUCUACUUUCUUAUGUCUUGCUUCUCCUUUCAUAUAAUUUUUGUGCUAUAUGGAGCACCGCUCAUAGAGUUGGUGUUGGAAACAUUUUUGUUUGCAGUGAUUUUGUCUACCUUUACCACUCUGCCUUGUUUAUGUUUGUUGGGACCAAAUCUCAAAGCAUGGCUAAGAGUUUUCAGUAGAAAUGGCCAGGUGAACCAUGUUGAAGCCAGGAGCCAAGAACUCCAUCCUGGUCUCUCACAUGGAUGGCAGGAGCCCAGAGUUUCAUCCAUUUGGGAGAAUAGUCUGCAAAUCACUACAAUUUCUAGUUGUAUGGGGGCGUGGCUUGGAGCAUUUCCUAUUCCCCUGGACUGGGAAAGACCAUGGCAGGUAUGGCCCAUCUCCUGUACGCUUGGAGCAACCUUUGGCUACGUGGCUGGCCUCAUCAUUUCACCACUCUGGAUAUACUGGAAUAGAAAGCGACUUACAUACAAGAACAAUUAACAGGAGCCAAGGGGGAAAGAUGCUUCUUUUGUGCAGAUUCCAUAGGGCUGUGCAGAAAUGUCCAUGGGCAGAGCCGAGCAGUUCAUUUACAGCACUGUUUUUUUUUUUUUUUUUUAACGUAGUUCACAACAUGAUUGUGAUUGUAGCUUUUUAAACUAUGAAACCCCUGAGAGAUUGUAUCUUCUAGUUGAAAUAAAGUAUUUAUAAUAGA